AUGAAAAACAAAGUCUAUCUUCUGUUGGACGAGAAAUUAUUUAAACUGAAGGAACUAUACUUUUGCCUCACUUGUUCAAAAAUAAAGAAUGAAUAUAAUAUCAAGCAAGAAAUUGAAUACUACUUUUGCAAUGGCUGCACACAAAUAUAUACAAAAAGCGAGUCGGCAAUUUAUUCCUACGAAUGUUUGCGCUGUUUCAAAUGUCCCUGCUGUUUUACGUGCUUGACAAUCUCACAGAAAUGGUUGGGUAGACCAGUUAAGAAGUUAUGCACACUGGAGCCACUGAACAAAGGAGGAAAGGAUGAUAACCUUUGGGGUAGUAACAAUGAAGAGGCUAAUGGUGAAAAGAACGUGGAGGAUGCUUGCACGAGCCCGUUUCUAUCAAAUAAUAGGAAAAAAUCAAACGAUGAAAAAAUUUCCUUCGAAGGCAAUAGUGCAUUAGGUAAGGAUGACGAAAAUGACAUACAAGGGGAGAAGAACAAAGUGGGUAGCAAGUUGUAUAACUUUUUUAAAAGAGGAAAGAAUGUGUUUUAUUUCAAGUGUCCCUACUGCUUAUGGUCCUCCAUCAGCUCAGUUUAUAAUACAAAGUUGGACGAAUUAAUUGGCGACAUGAUACUAGCGGAAAGGAACUGCGUUUAUAAACGCUACUUCCAAACCGUGCUAGAAGAACUGUUAAGAAGCAAUGAAGAACUGAAAGAAAAGAGAAACUUUAAAAGAACAAAUCAACAUGCCACUUUGCAUAAGAUAGGGAAAUUAAAGUCCAUUCACGACUUGAACAGGUACAUGCAAGUAUUCGGCACUACGACGGAGGAUUUCUCAUUAGAUGAUUUAACAGGAGGAGUGGCAGAAAUUGUCGAGGUGCAGGAACAGACAGAUAACACACUCAUAUGUAAAUCUAAAAUGAAGGUGGACAAAAUGCGUCUGAAAGAUAUCCUAAACGGGGAACAUAUUAAAAAUCGAGAAAUCUAUCGAGAUAUUUUUGAGUUGGAAAAUGAGCACAUGGAAUAUUUAGAUCCAAUCGAAUAUUCGGUGCAGAGUGGAUUACAAGAGGUAGUACAGCGCCGGGAAGAAAGAAACGGGCCCAUGGGGGAUGAUCAUCCCAAUGGGGGGAAUCCAACUCGGGGGAUAGGUGAAGCCCUUCCAGAGGAGCAGACAAUAGAGAAGUUAAAAAUACAGAAGAAUGGCAACCUCAUCAUUCACGCAAAAAAUGACCUAUCAAUUAGACACAUGGAAGAUUACCCUUACAAUUAUUAUAAAGAUAUGGAUGCAUUACAACCCCUGAGAAUGAAACUAAUAAACAAGAAAUCGAAGCGUUGUAGUACGUGUAAGCAGUACAUAUUGAAGCUUCAUAACUCCAAUGUGUCUUCAUCCUUUCGACUUGACAAUAAUGCAAUGAAAUUUAUCCCCACAAUAUAUAUUAAUGACUUGAGAUUAGUGAAGGGAAAAAAUGGAAUUCUAAAUUUCGUUUUAGUAAACCCACUAGAUUCAGAAAUGAACAUAAAAGUAGUACCCGAUAUAGAAAAUAAUUUUGUAAAAAAUCUGAAUGGGUGUAAAAUACCGGUGAAUUGCAAAUCCAGAGCUGCUUCCUUUGAGUUUACGAUGGAUAGUUAUGAUGAAAUUACAGAUGAACUGUUGAAUGAAGAAAAAAAUGACAUCAAAAAUGUUUUCACUCUUGAAUAUAAUAUUGUAAAGAAGCAGAAUAACAUGGCCUUAAUAAUUAUCAGUUUCUUUUACACAAAUGAGGGGGAUGCUCUCCAUGACAAAUUUUAUUCAGACAAAAACAAGCCUGGAGAUAGCCCUCAGCAGGGAGAUCCACAUGACGAUUUAGGCGCUGACGAGGUGAGGAAACUAAAUUUCCCUCUAACAUUGGAGUGUUCCUUUUCUGAUAAAUCGAAGAAGGUACACAAAUUAAAGCUGAAUCUUCUCUUCACAAAUAACAUUAGUUUGCGUCCCUUUCGCCAUUAUGCAUUGCGCGACUGCGAUUAG